UGGGAAGGUGCCAACGCUCCUAGAGCGGCAAGAUCGAAGAGCGUGAGAGAGAGAGAGAACUGACUGGAGUUUGCAAGCGGGGACGGGACGCUUAGACAUAAACAAAUCUGAAAGAAAUAGACUGCGUGCACCUCUCCUUGGCGAGUGUGUUAUGUUAUGUACACGCACAUCACCUGCUAAAAAAAGACAGCUUACUUGAGUCAACUUAAACUAAAGCAUAAACUUUGAAGGGUUCCCCAGACUGCAGUGAUUUUGACGUCGUGUUCAGUAAGAGGAAUGGUGAACUGUGCGAUAACAACUUCAAGAACACGUUGUUAUUCUUGUGAUGACUGAUACAACGCGACUUUUCUUUGUCCGAAUUACGGGGACGGAAAAGGAAAUAGAAUAAUAAAAUAUAUUUUCCGCUAGACUUCCCUGCUGAAAAUAGAAUUUUUUUUAAUGAACAUUGUUUGCUAAAAUAAUAAAAAAAAGCUAAUUUGUGAAAUUAUCAUCCUCAAUGUGACUAUAGUGAGUAAAAAUUAUGGUUCUUUGAAACUUUGGACUGAACACACGAUAGAACUCUAUUUUCUUAAUGCGAUAGACACGAAACGGUGAAGAAGAAAAAAAAGAAGAAAAAAAAGAGAAAAUAUAUGUAGGCUGAAAGACAAAUGAAAAGGGAGAGAAAAAAGGAGAGAAAGAAAGAGGAAUUUGCCGAAGCUUAAAUCAUCGCGGUUCGUUUUCUGUUUAACUAAGACAGUCAUCAUGAUACCCGUACCUGCCGCAGCCUCCCUCUCCCUCAGCGUCAUCGCCAGCACAGCAGUCAUCAUCUCAAGUGUUUGUCUCGCUAACGCGGACGCCCCUAACCCCAACGUGUUCCGAGGGGCGCCGCCGAUCCAGUACUCGACGCUGAGUGGCCCUUCCUUCCUCAACAGCACAGACAACAGCAUCCAAGUCGUGGCAGGGACGACCGCCAUGCUCACCUGCGGCAUUAAGAAUCUGCAUAACUAUACGGUAUCAUGGGUCCGCGGGCGCGACAUCCGCCUCCUGACGACGGGCUCCAUCACCUACACGUCGGAUACCCGCUUCGUGCCCUUCAAUCCCUCUGGCGGUCAACAGUGGAUCCUAAAGAUUCAUUACGUAAGACUCACUGACGCCGGCUCCUAUCUCUGCCAGGUGUCGACCACGCCGCCUAUCACCCACGCGAUCAACCUGACUGUGCAUCCAGAGGCCGUGGCGAAGAUCCUCCCCGCCCCGGAAGUGCACGUGCAGCUGGGCAGCCGACUGGAGGUCACGUGCCAGGUGGAGGGAUGCCCGCCACCUGCCCUCUUGUCCUGGACCAGGGAGGGCCAGCCGGUGCUCACGCCCGACUCCAGCAACUACGACCUGGCCAACGGGAAUGCGACGACGCCCAUCGCGACCCUCACGCUAGCACGCCCGCACGCCGAAGCCAGAGACUCGGGCUCGUACAGCUGCUCGUCCAAGUGCACGACCCCCGUCAACGUGACCGUGCACGUCCUGCGAGAGGAGCUGGCCGCCAUGCAGCACCACAACGCAGCUUCCCGCAAGGUGGCUUCCGCCGACCUCCUCAGUUCCGUCCUGCUGGCGAUGGCGCUGCUGGCGUGGUGGCGUUGGCAGCAAGGGGGCCACAACACAGGCAGUGUCGAGUGCCAGCUAGACUUGGUACUCCCUGCGGACUUGACUGUGACCUGAGGUUGACGCAGAGAGGAAGGAGAGAGGGAGCAGGAGGAUUCGCAUCUGAGAGUGGGGAGUUUCCUCUCUUUUGAGGUGUGGCUGUGAUGUCCAAUUUCCCAAAUGCCGUUCUUGCCCGUAAGUGGCUAGCCGUAAACCUUGGUGUUCAUGUUGAUGUGACAUUAUAUGAACAAUUAUCUGUCCCCUUGUACCAUAAGCUGUGUAUAUAUUCACACAUACUACCAUUUAUUAUACUGUGGACUGAAUGUACUGA